UAGCGUAAACCCGCGUCAGUUCAACCAAAAACCCUCUGGCGAGUCUGAAAUUAAGACUGUAAACCUUAUUGCAACUGCCUUCUGGGCUGCCUGCCUACCUCUACAUCAGUUGAAGAGGAAAUGAACAAACAAAAUAGCUGACAAUGCACCCACACUUGCCAAAUCCCAGGUAAUACGCCAUAACUGAACCAUAUCUGCUUUAAAACCUAUCCUUUGUCUGCUCUCUUUGCCUAUUGAUAAGUUGGCUUCAUAUUUGAUCAAACUAAUGAUGACCCAUUUUCAAAAACUUGGGAAUCCAUCUAUUCUCAAAUGGGUAUCGUCUUAUUUUGUUGAAAACCAGCAAAAAAUGGGUUCAUUUCACAUCCCACAAAGCCAAAACCCUAGACUUUAUACCACAAAAGGAUCAGUUUUGAGUCAACGGUGUUAUGGGGAAGACGGCGUGCGAAUCCCCCGUGCCACAUUGAAAGAGGCUCAAACCGCGUUGUUGGAGUAUUUGCAUUCUACUAGGAGUAUUCAGUUUGUAGAUGCAGAGAAUAUGAGCAAAAACUCACCCCAUUUCUUAAGAAAGCUUUUGAAGAAGUUUGAAAUUGUGAAAGAUGUUAGAAGGUCUAUGUCGCGGUUUUUGCGUUACCAUCCCAUUAAUGAAUUUGAACCUUUCUUUGAGAGUUUGGGACUGAAACCUUGUGAGUAUACCCCUUUACUUCCUAGGGAUUUGUUGUUUCUCAGUGAUGAUUGUUUGUUGCUAGAGAAUUAUAGGGUCUUGUGCGAGUUCGGGGUUGAACGAAAUAAGAUUGGUCAGAUAUAUAAGAAAGCAGUUCAAGUGUUUCAGCAUGAUUUUGGAGUUUUGCUAUUGAAGCUUCAAGCUUAUCAAAAACUAGGGCUUAGUCAGUCUUUUAUUGCGAAGAUUAUUGUUUAUAGUCCUCAUGUUUUGACUGGGGAUAUAGAUAUUAAAUUUAUUAAGGUAUUAGAGAUUUUGAACGGUUUGGGAUUUGAUUAUGCGUGGAUUAAGGAGCAUUUGUCGGAGAAGGAGUUCUACAAUUGGAGUAUGAUAUUUCGAGUUUUGAAAUUCUUUAGGGAGAUGGGUUGUAGCGGUGAGUUAGGUGGGUUAAUCAGCCAGCAUCCACUGCUUUUGUUUGAGGGCUCCAGUGGCAGAGUGCUUUCGCUAAUUGCAUUCCUGUUGAAAUUUGGACUCCGAAUGGACAGGAUAUCCUCUAUGUUUCUACAGUUUCCGGAAAUCCAAGUUUCACAUUUUGUUUCAAAUAUUAUCAGAUUUUUUCUGUUUUUUCAGGAGAUUGAGAUGGAAGUGGAUGAGAUUGGGAAAAUUGUGUGUUCUUACCCCAUAUUACUUGGUUCAUGCACAUUGAAGAAAACAAGUAGUUUGCUUCAUGACCUAAAUGUUGGAAAAAAGCGGCUUUGUAAAUACAUACAAGAGAAUCCCCAAGAAUUGAGUAAAUGGGGUAUGGGAACAAGAGUUAGGCCAUUACCAGACUCGGGAGAGGGUUUGGAGUCACAAAAGUUGAAGACAAAGUUCUUCUUAGACUUGGGAUACGGGGAAAACCCUAACAUGUUGAAGAAAGCAUUCAAGGUGUUUCGAGGCAGGGGAGGAGAGCUUCAAGAGAGAUUUGAUACUAUUGUGAAUGCUGGUUUGGAUCAGGAAGAUGUUUCUAAAAUGGUACGUGUAUCCCCCCAAAUCCUAAAUCAAUCAAAAGCUCUCAUCCAAUCUAAGAUUGAUAUUCUAGUGAAUGAGCUAGGUUUCCCUUUAUCCUCUUUGAUUUUGUUCCCCUCGUAUCUUUCGUAUACAACGCAGAGGGUUAGGCUUAGAUUGGCAAUGUAUAAUUGGCUCAAAGAUCAGGGAAAGGCAGAGCCUGACCUGGCCUUGAGCACUAUAAUUUCAUGGUCAGACAAAAUAUUUCUGAGCCAAUGUGUCAAUAAUCAUCCUAGUGGCCCUCAAGUUUGGGAGGAUUUGAAAGCUGAAUUUACCCGGGAUAAAUGAAUUUAUUUGCGCA